AUGGCCGACACUUCAAUUGGCCUUGAUAAGUGGAGGGAUUAUUUCAGAGGUGCGAAUUCGGACAUAUUUGCUAUAAUCGAGCAUGCAAUAAUGGUAGCUGCUUCGGAUAGCCCUUACGAAUUCAAAGUGAAGAGGGAUCGAAUAGCUGAGAUGCUCUUUACUUGUAAAAUCACCAAGUGUUUUGGGUGUGAUCGAGUUGAGUUGAAUGUGCCCAAAAGGGACUGUGCAGAAAAGAAUGGUUAUGAUGAUGAUGAUGAUGAUGAUGAUGAUAAGUGCAAAAGUGGUAUUGUUGAGGUAGGAGGAAGUAAAGAUACUCAAGAGAGGAAACUGAACAGGAGAAGAGAUAAUGAUAAUGAUGAUGAUGAUGAUGAUGAUCAUAAGGAGAUUGUGGAGAUGAAUUUGAAUAAACACGAUGCCGAAGCUUUGACCGAUGAGCUUGAGGAGGCUGCUCGGUUUUAUGAGGAGGUUUUGAGGAUAAGAGGAAUUGUUGAUAAUGGGGAGCAUGAGUCAGAUGAGGUGUUGUUUGAUUCGCUGAGAAGGCUUCAGUUGAUGCAUCUGUCUGUGGAGACUCUAAAGACGACAGAAAUCGGUAAAUCUGUUAAUGCCCUGCGUAAGCAUAGAUCAAUCGAAAUCCGGGAUCUUUCAAGGACAUUAAUCAAUAAUUGGAAAAUCAUGGUCGACGAGUGGGUUAAUGCGACGACAGCAAUUGCAGGUGCCGAGGCCACAACCGAGUCCGUAAAAACAUCUGCCGUCGAAGAAGAUGAAGGUCUUCCAUCUCCUCCGCUCGACGAGGGAGCCUUCUUUGCUACACCUGCUUCAAUGGAGUUGUCACAGUUCUUUGAUGGCAUGGAUGACGAUGGCAAUCCUCAAAACUGUGGGGAAUUCAACAAGAACCGAGAAAAUGGCAGAAAGCGGAGACCCGAAAAAACGGGCCCCUUCCCUAAAAGGGAUUUCAGGGUUCAUGGUGAUCCAAACCCUCCCUUAAACGACAAGUUAAUAAGCGAAUUCGAGAAAAAUCAAGAACCCAUUUCGAGAAAAACAACCCGUCCAUGUGGGCCCGAUCGACCGAGACCUCCAAACAAUGACAAUGGCGUUAUGAAACCUAAACCGGUCAUGCAAAUGAAGGUGAAAAACGAGAAAAAAUCUGAUCAAGUCACAAUUCUGAAGAAACCAGUCCCUAAUCAACAAGAGGAGUUGAAGUGUAACAAUGAGGAUUUCGUUCGGACGAAAUUAGAGGCUGCUAAGAGGAAACUUCAGGAACGAUAUCAAGAAGCCGAAAACGCUAAGAAGCAAAGAACGAUACAAGUUGUCGAGCUGCAUGAUCUCCCAAAGCGAAGCCUUGCUCAAAGUAGGCCUAGUUUCCAGCAUAGACAACGGUCUAAUGGGCGACGGUAG